AAGUAUAAAAAGCCAAGGAGCGAUGCCCAGUCGACAUCAUUUGACAAUCGUCAACCACCCGGAGACGAGUCGUCCAUCUUCAGCCAGCAGCCAUGAGUCGUUCUAUUCUGUUAAAGUGUCUGUGUGUCCUGAUGGCCGUUUUGGCUUUGGCCGAGGCCGGCCGCCAACGCCGGCAGCUUAUCAAUGCCAUCGUCGGAGCCGCUUUGGGAUCAUCCGGUUACGGCCAACCUUAUUACGGUGGUGGUUAUGGUGGCUACAAUCAGGGUUACGGAAACUAUGGCGGUGGCCGGCCUUCUGGAUACGGCGGAUAUAAUCAGGGAUACAAUCAGGGAUACGGUUACAAUCAAGGAUACAACCGCCCGUAUUCCUAUAAUCAACAGCAGGGAUACUACGGCGGAAGACCCACCAACUACUACGGUUAAUUUAUUAUUAUGACAUUCAUUUUGAAUAUGACAAAUUGUAUACGUUGAGGCUGCUACAAUGUUGUACGCCAUUAUUAUUAUCAUUAUUAAAUUUGUUCUUUCAUC